CCAAGCGAUCGAAAAUCAAAAUCGUGCAUCUGUGAAUCGAAGCUCUCUUGUUCAUGUGUUUUCUUUGCUCUUUUGCAUACUCUUACGAAAUAACAUCUAGGAAAUUUCUAAACUUCUUUGAUUCUGAACACUAGUUAUAGUUGCUGUAUGUCUACUCAAAUUUUCAAAUUAUUUCAGUAGCGGCAUAUACAAGUGAAUAACGCGUUUAGCUAUCAGCAAGUCAUUUCGUGAAAGACGAAGAAAAUAUGGACGACAUCGAUGAUUUUUUCGACUUCAGCAAGCCUUUCAACCGGGUAGUUAUUUCCGGUGGAUAUUGCAAUGCUACGGUGGUUGAAGAUAAGUCUCUUUUUUCGAAAAUGCCCGAAAGAGAAAAACUUGGAAAAGAGUAUGUCGGGAAAUUUGUGAAAGAAGAGGAAUCACAACUAAUUAAUGCUUUUCUCGAUGAAGCUGCUGGUCCAUCUACGUCCCGUACCUCAAAUUUAGAAGAUGUGGACGACGACACAUCAAUGGCUGAUGAAGAUGAAGAGCAUACAAAAACUCUCAAGGCCAAAGAAAUGAUGUUCCCAUUGUUUCAACGAUACAAUUUUACUUUGAAACCAAACAAACUUCCAAUCAAUUACAAUAAAGCUGAAAUUUUGGAUAAGAUUCGCAACAACGCGGUCACUAUCUUGCAAGGACAGACGGGUUGUGGAAAGACAACUCAGGUUCCGCAGUUUUUGCUCGAAGAAGCUUAUCACCGAAAAGAGUAUUGUAACAUUAUUGUAACCCAGCCUCGUAAGAUUGCCGCUAUGUCGAUCGCAAAUCGUGUUGCUGAUGAACGUAAAUGUAAAACGGGUACACUUGUCGGGUACAAAGUAGGUUUAAAGGAAUGCGUCGGCCCAGACACUAGAUUGUUGUAUUGUACUACAGGAGUGCUGUUACAGUCACUAAUCACGGCCAAAACCAUGGCAAAUUACACUCACGUAAUUUUGGAUGAAGUACACGAACGGGAAGUUGAUAUGGAUUUUUUGUUAAUAAUUGUUCGUAGAUUUUUGGCUACCAACUCCUCCAAAACUAAAGUCAUUCUAAUGUCUGCCACGAUUGACGCGAAAAUGUUUUCUGAAUACUUUAAAAUCCCAAAGAAAAGCGGUUACCUUUCGGCUCCUAUAUUGUCAAUUGACCGCGAGAGUCCAUUUGAGGUUUCAAAGUUUUACAAUGACGAUUUAGAUAAACUCAAAAUCGAUUUGAAUAUCGACUAUGAAAAUCCAGGUAUUUCAGCGGAAAUGUACAAGGUGGCUGCUAAGCUGGUCUUUAUAUGCGAUCGUUUACUUGAAAGUGACGAUGAUGAAGAGAAAGUGUUUACAGGAAAGCCAUCUAUUAUUAUAUUUCUUCCUGGUAUUAACGAAAUUGACCACAUGUACACGAACCUGAUUGAAAUGGCUGAACAAAGUCGUAAUUCCGAGACGAACUUGAAGCUUAUCAAAUUGCACUCGACGAUGCCGACUGAAGAACAGGCCGAAGUAUUCCGUCGUCCUGCUCCAGGUCAACGAAAAGUGAUUUUAUCGACUAACAUUGCAGAGAGUUCCGUUACCAUUCCCGACGUCAAGUUCGUGAUUGAUUUCUGUUUGCAACGUAAUCUGUUCACAGACAGCAGAACGAAUUUUGCUACAUUACGUACAGAGUGGGCCUCUCAAAGUAAUUGCAUUCAGCGAGCGGGUAGAACAGGUCGAGUAAUGAACGGUCGUGUCUAUCGGUUAGUAAAUAGACGGUUUUUCGAACAUCAAAUGAACCUCUCUUCUCCUCCGGAGAUACUGCGUUGUCCGUUGGAGAACGUGGUGCUGAAAGCUAAACUUCUUGAGAUGGGUCCGCCUCAUUCUAUACUAGCGCUUGCUUUGAACCCACCGGAUCUGAGUGACAUUCGUAAUACUGUGCUUCAACUGAAAGAACUGGGAGCACUAUUGCGUACAGUCAAUGGUAACAUGGAACAGCUUGACGGCGAUAUGACUUAUAUGGGACGUAUAAUGGCUAAACUUCCGCUUGACAUACGCAUCUCCAAGCUAAUAAUUCUAGGAUAUGUUUUUAGCGUGUUGGAAGACACUAUCAUAAUUGGUGCGGGAAUGAAUGUUAAAAAUAUCUUCCUUAGUCAAAACAGCGUUAAAAGCUAUUCGCAAAAAAUGUACUGGGCUGAUGGAUCUGGAAGUGAUGGAAUCGCUAUUCUGAAUGCUUACAUCGCUUGGAGAAGUCGCAAAGAACAAGCUGGUGACGGUGGUGAUAUGGCUAACUGGACGCGUCGCAUGUCGUUGGAUCUCAAGUGUCUAGUGGAUAUGGCAGAAUUGAUUCGGGAAAUCAAGGAUCGUUUGCAAAAGGCGGGAUUGAAAGAAACAUCCGGACCCAACCGAGUCGUUUGGUCGUCUCGAGAGAAGACAGUCAUUUUGAAAGUAAUCAUGGCCGGUGCGUUUUAUCCACAUUACUACGUUCCCAUAUCAGCGGGAGGAAAGGAAGUUAUGGAGCGGCAAUCAUUCACUGAGCUGGGUGGCCGUGAUCCUUGUAAUACCGUCUUUUUCACCGGUUUCGACCACGAAAGAUAUAUCGGUCCGCUAUACACGGUUCAGAUAAAGAAAAUCCUUAGCGAAGGUGAUAUAUCCCUUCAUUCGAACAUUAAGGUUAUGUAUGAUCGAACUACUAAUCGAAUAUUUGUCACCUUCCUCGGAGGCAAUGACGAUCGAAACCAGCGUGCCUCGUUUAUGCCCGGUAAAGUCCACUCCGAUGUGUAUCGUGCCAUAAAACUGCGCAAACUAGGCAACCGCUAUCGACCAACCGAAAUACGCACUAUGCGACAGAAAGACGCAAUCGAAUAUGCAACAAAAAUUGGCCUCGGAAGAUGGGAAGAGGCCAAUGGAUGGGUGCCUAAACGAAAAAUUAUUCGCAACGCUCAUCUAUCGGUCAUACCACCGCUUCACCGCAGUAGUAUGGUUUGUCAAGUAACACAUGUUGUUCACUGUAACAAGUUUCAUCUUCGUCCCGAAGACAGCAGAAAUAAAGAUAUUUUUGCUGACAUACAUUCCAAUCUUAACGCCAAUCCGCAUCGUUUACGACGUUUUGAUCCUGACUGGCACUUUUCGGCCGGACAAAUGGUGGCGGCUCCAUUGCAGGAGAAUAGUACACAGUAUGCAAGAGCCGUUUUGAAGAGUUAUAAGAACAUGCGCAGCACAGGUGAUGUUUUGUGGAUUGUUUUCUUCCUGGAUUACGGUCACACCGCAGUUUUGGGAGAGUCUGCUUUCAGAUGUUUAGAUGGGCCGCUUGAAUAUCUGAAGGAGAUUCCACAGCGCGUAUUUGAAGCUUCCCUAACAGAAACCCAACCUUCAGCUGUAAUUUCACCACAAGGUAUUUGGACUGCUGAGACGAUCAAUCGUUUCAAAGAAAUGACGCUUGGAAAGAUUUUCAUUUGCGAAAUCUAUUCGGUUGUUAAUAAUGUUGCAAGUGUUUUUUUGAGAAAGGGUGACGAACUUCCAAUAAAUUCCGAACUGGUUCGAUUGAAGUACGCGCAAUAUUCGGAGGAGAGCUAUAUUUCAAAGCUUGACCAUGACGCUCGUGAACGGAAGCAGCGUGAAAUGUCGCUCGAUGAAAACAUGCGAAUGGAAGUCUAUCGCUUAGCGGAAACCACCCAGAAUGUGUACGAGGACGAGGACUUGGAAGAUGUCAAUCCACCAGAAGAUAAAUUACGCUGUAAAGUUAGCUUGUCUGGUCCACAUAGUCCCUUGGAGACAAGUGCUUCGUCUACAGUUCGAUCUGGUGUUAUGAAACCGGUAUCUAUCGAACCCGACUCAGUUAACUCUAUUCUACUAGAUUCCAACCCUCAAGAUACUCAUGAGAAGCUUCUGGUAGCUGGUUUCGUGAACGAACAAGGAAAUCGUCUAAUUCUCAGACAGACGAGUAUGAUGCCCAACAUUCCGGGCUUCGGUGCUUUGAUGGCAUUGAUUUUCUGCCCAACAUGUCAGUUGAAAAAAGAUGAGGAUGAAACGCGUGUCGUGAGUAUCCUUGCUGGGUUAGGUAUGGAUAAGUCGACUGGUGAAGCGUUGUAUCCAGAACACGACAUCGCUUUGACAUUGGACGUAGUUCUUACCGAUGAGGAUAUUUCACAGAUCAAUGCAUUGCGCUACACUAUUGACAGCAUUUUGCAUACCGACCACGACCAAACGAUGCCUAAGUUUAACAAUGUAUCUAUCGAAAAACUUAAGCUCAACAUAAAAGGCUUUAUUAUCAAGAUUUUAGAAGCCGAGAGAAAGUUUUUGGAUGUCCGUCAUGCGCCGAAUGAUUAUGCUUGGAAGCUUGACGUGAAUGCCGUUUCAAGCUCUUCAUCUAAAAAGCGCAAAGACGAUCUUAACAUUUAUAACAAUGCCAUAUAUCCACUGCACGAGCCGCUGAAUCUUCUGCCAGUUAAUGCGAGACAGAUUGAACAGAUGAAGAAGCAUUGCCGGGAACUGCACAAGCUUGCAUUAACUGAUAUUCAUCUUCCUCGACACGGUGUCACAUGUAUGAUGUGUAACACUGUAUUGGAGUCUCUGCCGCAACUGCGAAUUCAUCUUUACUCCAAGUUGCAUCGCGAUCGUGAAUCGCAAAUCAAGUUCCGCCAGUGAUUUUUAUUCUUAUCUUAUACGGUGUGGUAAGCCAGAUCGAUUCUGAACAUUUACACAGUUAUGAUAUUUUUUUUUUAUAAGUGUGAGCCAACACUGAUUACUGUUCUUAUGAUUUGUCAAACCUUUGCAGUUUAAGACGCUCCGUUCCUGAUGAACGUUCAGAAAGUUAUUUUAUCUUCAUUGUCCGCCUGUCGCGGAAACAACAAAAUUCAAAAACAUGCUAUUAAAUUACAAUAAAUGCGCUGACGUGCUGUCAUUACUUUGAA